AUGCUACCUCUGCUACCAGUGAUUCUCAUCCUGGUAAUCGCAUCUUCCAACAUCUUUAAGCCAUUCUUCUCACGGAAAUUGGUUCAUAUCGGAUGCGGGCUCGUACUGGCAUCAAUCAACUAUCCUCACGGCUCAACAAAAUACGCAGUGAUAUUCAUUGCAGUUGCGGCUAUAAUUGUUUCAGUAUUAAAGCCUUUCAAAUUCGGUCAGAAGAAUGAUAUAGGAAUCAUAUCGUACAAUCUAGUCAUACUCGCAUUUGUCUUGGCCAAGCAGCCAAUAAGGAUACUCCUUCCAAUGUUCAUUGUCGAUCCUGUCGCUGGAAUCAUCGGAAAAACAGUCAAAAGUCCACGCUGGUGUCACACAAAAACGGUUGCCGGAACCGCUGCUGCCGCCAUAUCAGCAUACAUUACACUAUACUAUGUAAGGAUUCAGUCACACAGAAUAUUACUAUCUAUUAUACUAGCCCUAAUAGAAGGUGGAUUGAAAUAUUAUGAUAACAUUGGAAUCACCAGUGUUAUUGCAGGAUACUAUUUCCUAUCCCAGAAAAUGAAUUGGGUCACUAUCACACACUAG